AUGUCUGAAGCCAGAAAUCUGAUCGCCCAGCUGACAUCGCUGUCUCAACAGUCAGACUUCGAUACGAACGCAGCGACUCUCGCAUCAACCCUACACUUGGCGAAACAGCUUCAAUUAGCGACGCAAAAGCCAGAGGAUGCUGCAAUUGAACUGUGCUUCCACGUAGGGCCCCUCCAUGAGCGGGACAAGCUUGUAGCGGGACAAGCUUCAGGAGUCAGCGCGACAGGAUUAGCUGAAGAAUCAGGAUGUAAGGAGAACCUUCUUGUGCGUCUCUUGCGCCCUUUGUCAGCGCUUGACUUCGUUCAGGAAGCCAGUGAGGAUCUGUGGACUCCUACCCCGAUCACCAAAGCCAUGUGCCUUCCACCCGUUGAAGCGGCACACAUUCACUUUUGGGAUCAAGGCACUACAGCCGCGGUCAAGAUGCCCGCCUACUUCAAGAAAACUGCCUACCGCCAACCAGAAGAUCCACGAGACGGCCUAUUUCAGUACUCGUUUGGCACAGAUAAGGAAGCCUUCGAGUUCUGGUCCUUGCAGCCCGCCGUUAUCGACAAUUUCAACACCUGUAUGACAGGCAUCCGCGGCUCACGACCUAGCUGGAUCGAAUGGUGGCCUGUUGAACAGCGGAUUCUUAACGAAGGUUUGAGUAACGAACCAUCCGAGGUCCUGCUGGUUGAUGUUGCAGGUGGACGGGGACACGAUGUGCAGGCUUUCGGGAAAAAGUUCGAAGCCUGCAAAGGUAGACUGGUCCUGGAGGAUUUACCUGCCGUCAUCGGUGACAUCAAGCAACUUGACGAGCGCGUUGAAAGAGUCGAGUACGACUUCUUCACAUCGCAACCUAUCGUUGGGAUUCUCUCUCGGACUGCCGCAGCAAUGAAGCCUGGCUACUCGAAACUCUUGCUUAACGACUUCAUUCUACCCAAUCGAGACUGUCCAUUAUUUCCUACAGGGUUUGAUCUACAGAUGAUGGCCAUGCACGCAGCGCAGGAGAGAACUGAGAGUCAGUGGCAAAAUUUGCUGGAAACGGCAGGAUUAAAACUGGUGCAGUUAUGGAUUCCUCCUGGCGGAGGUGAGGGCAUCGUUGAGGCAGAGCUACCCCCAACCCACUAG